AUUAUCGUCCUGCGAAAAGAAUAUCCCCACAUUCGAGAAAAUGAUAAAUUAUAACAAGAAUGUGACUAUCAUCGCAAAGAAAAUUCAAUGGGCGAUAUUAAAAUACAUUUUAAGGGAUAUAUGUACAUAAGUGCACGAUACACUCUUACAUACAUAUAUAUAUAUACAUAUAUAAAAUAUAUAUAUAUAUAUAAAAGAAAGACGAGAAGUUUGCGUCAAGUAAGUAUAAUUGAUUAUCAUAAAUAUAAUUGACGAUCAUUCAAUAGAAAUAAUUAUAAGGAAUAUUGAUAUAACCUUCAACGAUGUAAUAUUGAGUAAAAUCGAUAUGGCAAAGCCUUAACCUCGAUCAUAAUUUUAUCGAUAUAAUUAUUCAUAGAUUAAUGUUAGGAGAGAAAGAGAAAGAGAGGAAAAAAAAAGUAAUAAACGAUAGAAUAUAAAAAUCGUGUUAAUAGCGUUUAAAUGAACGUCAUUGUUCCCGCGCUUUGGAUCGCCUUUAAACACGAAAAGAUGCAAUCAUUAGUUUACGAAAAACAACAAAUAUUUUAUUAAAUUCAUUUGCGUUGAAAAAAAAAGUUAGUCGAUCAGAAGGAAGAAUUAUCGACGUAAGAAGUACGGUGAUAGACCGUUAGUAGUCGUUCUUUGCAAAAUUCACGUAGCUCUGACCGAAGUAAAAGGAAGGAGAUUGGACGUUCGUACGUGCGCGCGUCGAUGCGAACGUGUCGAACGGAGGGGAUAAUGACGCAGUCGAUGGCAGCACCGGCGUUUCUGGAAAUGGUAUCCCCGCGCCGGAGAGGAGGAGACAUGUACAAAGACGUAGACACACGUACGUUAACACAGACAUUGCGCAUUCGCUCAUGCCAACAAGCAGUUUUCUUUCGGUAGAGCCGUGAGUAGGAAGGUUAUUCGAUGGACAGUAUAAUAAAAGACUCUCCGAUAUUCGGAACUCUUGUACUAAAAAAAGAGGUUAAAAUAGAUUAAAGAGAAAGGAAAGAAAAAAAUUAACUGCAUUGAUGCUGGAACAGGAGAGAAUUGUUUUCGUUUAUCGAACUCUCGACGGGGAAGGUGUUGAGUAUUUAGGCAUCGCGUUAUGCCGCGAGCUCGACAACGCGUAUCGCGUUGUUACAAUUGGCCAUUCGUAAGGCCAAGUAAGAAGAGUAGUAGUGUAAUAGUAGUAGUAGUAGUAGUAGUAGUGGUGGUGGUGAUAGUAGUAGUAGUAGUAGUAGUAGUAGGAGUAGUAGUAGGAAGAGUAAUAAUAAUAGUAGUCGUAGUAACGGUAGGAGUAGAAGAAAAAGAAGAGGAAGAAGUAACGAAGAAGAGCGAAUAGCCACUAGUGGUGGUGGUGGUGAAGUAGUGGUGAUGCUACUAGAGCUGCUGGAGUUGGUGGUGGCGACGGUGGUGGUGGCGGUGGUGUUCGAUGUAGUGGUGGUGCUGCUGCUGCUGCUGCUGCUGCUGCCGCUGCUGCUACUACGAGGACGCGCGUCGUGCGUCGUCGAGGUGCGGUGGCGAUCGCGGCGGUGGUGGUGUAACGACGACGGCGUGUAUCAAAAAAUUCCUUCUAUUCCUAUUUUCUCUAUCUCUUUUUCUCUUACACUCUUACACUCUUUCCAUCUCUAGUUCUCUCUUUUUCUUUCGGUGAAAGGAGGGGUGAGUGAAUAGGUAGGAAAGGCUACCAAGGUGCUUCGAAGCGCAGUUGCGGCGGCUCAGGAUGCUGCCCGACGGAGCAAGAAGAUGGCCGUGAUCGGCGAGACCAGGUAUUACUCGGCGAUCCGUGCGUGCGCGUACACGAAAUCUUCGUGUCGUAGGGUCCAGAUCGAAAAGGGCUCAUCAUCAUCGUUAUCGCCGUUUUCAUCGUCGGCCUCGUCCUCCUCCUCCUCUUCCUUUUCCUCUUCCUCCUCAUCUUCUUCUUCUUCUUCUUUUUCUUCGGCCUCCUCAACUUUCUUCUCUUCGUCCUUUUUCUCCUUUUCUCCCUCCUCCUCCUCGUCGACGCCGUCGUCGUCGCCGUUGCCGUCGACCCGUCGUUGUCGACAGAGGAGGAAGGGGCAUUCGACGAGCCUGUUGGUCGCGAUGUCGUCCUCUCGUGGCAGUGGACCUGACUCUGGUGAUCUCAGCGACUCGGAGGACUGUUAUGUCGACACGGAUCCUCUGAAGUAUGAACUUCGCAACAUUCAAAGCGUCAUACACGUGACAAGGCAGAACAUUGAUGCUCUCAACAACCGCUUUGCUGGUUUUCAACAUCCACCAUCAAUAUAUCUAAAUGAGUAUCAAGAGCUCACUAGUAAGUUGCACGAUUUGGAGUCCAAGGAACAGAAGCUCAAUGAGUUAUUGAAUGCAGGCAAAACAUCUAUUGGGGUAUCCAUGUCUGAGAAUGAUUCUCGAGACACUAAUGCUAUCAAUAGGUAUCCUAGGACGCUUAUGAAAUCUUUGCUCAGGGCCUAUUUGCCCAACAAACAGCGUACGAGUGUUCAAGUACGCGAAGGACUCUCUUUGAGGGAUGCUUUAGCCAAGGCGAUGAAGUUGAGGAAUCUAACCACAGAAAUGUGUGCCGUCUAUAUACUUGGGGUAGAUAAAUCCAAGUAUUUGACUUCUUGGGAUACAGACAUCUCUUUACUUGACUGCGAUGAGAUAUCAGUUGAGAUUUUGGAUAAGUUUCCUAUAACUACUUCAAUAUCACAUAAUUUUGUGCGAAAGACUUUCUUUUCCUUGGCAUUUUGUGAGUGCUGUAGAAAAUUACUCUUUCAGGGUUUCUAUUGUAGGACAUGCAAUUAUCGCUUUCAUCAGAGGUGUGCUGGCAGUGUACCUGCUCUGUGCCACCAAGUGCGUAUGCAAGAUGCUUAUUAUCAAGCGUUACUGGCACACAAUCCUGAAACAACAGCUGGAAUUUUGCAACUGCCAUCUGGCUAUGGCUUGAGCCGAAGUAUGUCACCUUCUUUAGCACCGUCUAGAAAUCAGAGACAUCCACGUUCCUUAGGACAACAGGAUCGUUCCAGUUCUGCACCGAAUGUUUGUUUCAACAUGGUUAGAUCUGGAGGUGAACCAGCUAAUCUGGAUGAAUAUAGUAGGUCCCAGAGUUUAGGUCGACCUAUAGGUACUACCCAGUGUUCUGUCUCGCCUGGUAGCAGUCCUACUAAGCAUAGUCAAUCGACGCAAGCUAGUCCAACCAGUACUUUGAGACCAAAACGUCCAAGAGCACGAUCGGCCGAUGAAUCUUCGAAAAAUCUUUUAGCUCCAAGAGAGUCUAUAGAAGACUGGGAAAUUCCAGCCGAUGAAAUCUUGGUAGGAGCACGCAUUGGCUCAGGAUCCUUUGGUACUGUUUACAAAGCUCACUGGCAUGGACCUGUAGCAGUGAAAACUUUGAAUGUGAAGAUACCGACCACAGCACAGUUACAAGCAUUUAAAAAUGAAGUGGCUGUUUUAAGAAAGACACGACAUGUAAAUAUUCUGUUAUUUAUGGGAUGCGUUAGUAAACCACAGCUUGCUAUUGUAACGCAAUGGUGUGAAGGUUCAUCUUUAUAUAAACAUCUGCAUGUAUUCGAAUCAAAAUUCGAAUUAUUAACUCUAAUAGAAAUUGGCAGACAAACUGCACAAGGCAUGGAUUAUUUACAUGCUAAGAAUAUUAUCCAUAGAGAUUUAAAGAGCAACAAUAUAUUUCUGCACGAUGACCUUACUGUUAAGAUUGGUGAUUUUGGUCUUGCCACUGCGAAAACAAGAUGGUCAGGAUCUCAACAAUUUCAUCAACCAACUGGAUCUAUUCUUUGGAUGGCACCUGAAGUUAUUAGAAUGCAAGAGGAAAAUCCAUAUAGCUUCCAAUCUGAUGUUUAUGCCUUUGGUGUAGUUUUGUUCGAACUGCUAGCCGGUCAGUUACCUUACUCGAAUAUAAAUAAUAAGGAUCAAAUAUUGUUCAUGGUGGGACGUGGAUAUUUACGUCCUGAUUUGAACAAGUUGCGUUCUGAUACUCCAAAAGCAUUGAAGAGAUUAACAGAAGACUGUAUUAAAUUUUCGAGGGACGAUCGACCAAUAUUCCGGCAGAUCUUAGUAAGCCUGGAGGGUCUUCUGCGUGGUUUACCCAAAAUCACAAGAUCUGCAUCCGAACCAAAUUUAAACAGGACGCAAUUACAGUCUGAUGAUUUUCUGUAUACUUGUGCUUCACCAAAGACUCCGGUGAACUUCCAGUUUGGAGCAUUUCCCUUUUAUCCUACCGGUGGGAACAUAUAGAGAGUAUUGCCCAAAUUAAUAAGCCUGAUGUAAUCGGUAUAUAGAAGGUAUAUGAUAAAACCGAAUAAGAUCAUUAACACUUAGUUAUGAACAAUCCACACGAUUCUUUCCAAUUAUAUAUCUUUAUCAAAUCACAAAUGUUUGCUCAAUGUGAAAGAAGACUGCAUUCUUCGACAUGACAUAAGAAAUAAAAUUAAAAGUAAAAUACAAUCUUUAUCGCAAAUAAGGGAAUAAGAUACGACUAAAUUGUAUAAAUUAAUUGGAUUAAAGAACUUAUGGCGACGUGUCGAGUGUAUGUCAUGGUAAAAACGAAAAAAAAAGAAAAAAAAGAAAAAAAGAUGCAUGUGUAACUUUUACCUUUACACACUACUUAAAGCAAUGGAUUUUUAUUUAUAAUCAGUUAACAAUUAUUCACAUAUAUAUAUAUAUAUGUAUAUAUGUAUAUAUAUAUAUAUACACAUACUCGUAUGUACAUGUAUAUAUAUACGUACCUGCACGUGAGCAUAAUAAUUUGUUGAUUUUGUGAGAUCCUUGUGAAGGAUGUAAAAAAUAAUAUUUAAAAAAAAAAAAAAAACAAACAAAAACAUUUAAAAAAAAAAAACAAAAAAAGAAAUAAAAAAAAAAAUAACGGCA